CCGGGCAGCGCGCGCCGGCACCGGGCACCGCGCCGCUCCUCCCGUGCGUCGUGUUUCGUGCCGUGCGCUCCGCGGGCUCGGGUUACCGUGCAGAGGUGCAGGGGCACAUCGGUGCUGCGUCACCGCCGCCCUCAGGUCGGCCGCGUGCCGCUGGUGGUCUCGCGGGGGGCGCGGGAGCUCGCCCGUGUCGAGAUGGGUCGCCGCAGCCGCUGCGCGGCACUCCUGCUGUGCGCGGCGCUGGUCACCACACAGGGCGUCGCCAUCAGCACAGGCUCGGAGGCCCUGUAUCCGAACAUCUUCAACCUUGCUCCGGGAAGUGACGUCAGUGUGAACGCCACUUGCGGAACAGAGGCCAGCGAGACGUUCUGCGAGCUUUCCAGCAUCGUCUACAUGACUGACGACGACUGCCAGAUCUGCGACGCAUUCAGCAGCGAUGCCGGCCGACGCCACCCCAUCGAAAACAUCAUCGACGGCACUGACGCCUGGUGGCAGGGCCCGACACUGGAGCAGGGCAUGCAGUACCAGUGGAUCACCAUCGAGAUCGAUCUGAAACAGGAGUACGAGGUGGCGUACGUGAUCCUGAAGACGGCCGGCUCCCCGGCGCCGGGCACGUGGGUGCUGGAGCGCUCGCUCAAGGGCGACAUCUACGAGCCGUGGCAGUUCUUCGCCGGCAGCGACUCCGGCUGCCGCGACCACUUCGGCAUGAAGCCCACCUCCGGCAAGCCCAAGUACCGCUCGGCCUCGGACGUCAUCUGCACCAGCUACUUCUCCAAGUUGAACCCGCUCUCCCAGGCAGAGAUCUACGUGCCGCUGAUCACAGGUCGGCCGACCUCGGAGAGCCCGUCCGCCGAACUGCUGGAGUUCGUGCGCGCCCGCUACGUCCGGCUGCGGCUGCAGGCCGUACUCUCGCUCAACUCGCACCUGCUGGCGUUCUCCGGCGGCUACGCCGAGCCGGACGUGCUCCGCUCCUACUUCUACUCGCUCCGGGACGUAACCAUCGGAGGACGCUGCGCGUGCCACGGGCACGCCGAGGAGUGUCCCCUGCAGCAGGAGGACGGGACGCGUCAGUGCUUGUGCACCCACAAUACGUGUGGCGCCACCUGCGACGAGUGCUGCCCUCUGUACAACCAGCGGCCCUGGUCGCCGGGCAGCGCGUUCCCUGGGACGUGCGAACCAUGCCAGUGCUACGGCCAUGCCGACGAGUGCUACUUCGACGACGACGUGGCCAGAGGGAAGAAGAGCGUCAACAUCGCCGGCCACCACGAGGGCGGCGGAGUCUGUCUUAACUGUCAGCAUUUCACGGCCGGCAUCAACUGCGAGUCAUGCCUGGCGGGGUACUUCCGUCCGGCCGGGCUGCGGCCCGACGACCCUCAGCCGUGCCGGCGCUGCCAGUGCACCGCUCCAGGCGCCACCGGCCUCUGCGUGCAGGACGACAGCCGGCUCACGGACGGACAGGUUCCAGGGGCCUGCAUCUGCAAAGAGGGGUUUGCCGGCGAGCGGUGCGACCGGUGCGCGCGCGGCUACCAGAACUACCCCGAGUGUGAGCCGUGCCCGUGCGACGAGGCCGGCACUCUGGACGCUGAGUGUGAGGGCCAGAACUGCCUCUGCAAGCCUCACGUGCGCGGCCAGCGCUGCGACAGCUGCAAGCCGGGCUAUUAUAACCUGCAGGCGGACAACCCGGACGGCUGUACCGAGUGCUUCUGCUUCGGCCUCACCAGCAUCUGCACCAGCUCCUUCCUCGGCGUCGAGAACGUGACGACGAUCGUGCCGUGGACAGUGACGUCACUAGACGGCUCGAUGGAGGUACAGCCGUACCUGGACGGCACCACCCAGCUGGUGGCCAACGACGAGAUGUCGGACCUCAGCGGCUACUACUGGCAGGCGCCGCAGGAACUGCUCGGUCUGCGCGUCUACAGCUACGGCCAGACGAUGCAGUUCGAGACGUCCUGGGUGGUGCGGCGAGGUGACACAGCCGGCCGGCCUGUGAAGGGGCCCGAUAUCAUUCUGGAGGGGGCCGGCUUACGCCUCGGCUACGGCCACAACAUGUACCACGGAGGCAGCGCCAGCAUUAGCGCACCGCUGAACGAGAGGAGCUGGUACCGCAUGUCCACCAAGGUGAAUGACAUAGUGCGCAAGAAGCGAGAGAAGUACGUGCGAGGUCCGGUGACCCGGCGGCAGCUGAUGCGCGUGCUGGGCAGCAUGGACCGCCUGCUGGUGCGCGCCAAGUACCACAGCGACCAGAUCGAGGGCGGGCUGCACGACUUCGUGCUGAAGAUCGCCUCGGAGAGCUCCGUGAGCUCGGAGCGCACCACGGCCGUGGAGCAGUGCCAGUGUCCGCCCGGGUACGCUGGCUACUCGUGCGAGCGCUGCGAUUUCGGCUACCGCCGGCGCAACGGCACCCUGUUCCGCGGCGAGUGCGUGCCCUGCGACUGCAACAGCCACGCGGAGAGCUGCGACCCCUUCAGCGGACAGUGCGGGGCGUGCCUUCAUAACACGAUGGGCGACAGCUGCGAACUGUGCGCGCCCGGUUACUAUGGUAACGCUCGCCGCGGCACACCGGACGCCUGCCGACCGUGCGCCUGUCCGACCGAGCUGGUCGGCGUCGACUUCACGCCCAGCUGCGAGGCGACGCCCGGCGGCGAGGACUACGUCUGUACCAGCUGUCCACCGGGCCACGAUGGCGACCACUGUGAACGGUGCGGAGCGGGCCACUACGGCUCGCCGCUGGCCCCUGGCGGCGGCUGCCGGCCCUGCCAGUGCGGCGGUAACGUCGACCCUUCGGACCCGGCCGCGUGCGACCCGCUCACCGGCGAGUGUCUGGCCUGCCGCGGCCACACCGCCGGCUGGCACUGCGACGUCUGCGAGGACGGCUUCUUCGGCGACGCCGCCGCCCAGCAGUGCCGCCCGUGUGAGUGCGGCAUGUUCGGCUCGACCAGUCCCGUCUGUGACCACGUGACAGGCCAGUGUCCCUGCAAGGAGCGCUUCAUCGGCGAGAAAUGUGACCGCUGUCAGAACCCGGGUGGCAACAUCGAGGCCGACUGCCUGGAGUGUUUCUGCGACCUGGCCGGCAGCCUGGGCCCGCUGUGUGACCCGGGCUCGGGUCAGUGUCAGUGCCGCGCCGGCGUGGAGGGCACCAACUGCAGCCGCUGCCUGCCGGACCACUUCGGCUUCGGCGCCGAGGGCGGCUGCAGAGUGUGUCAGUGCCACCCUGUCGGUGCUGAGGGGAAGAGAUGCGACCUGGUCACGGGCGCCUGCUCCUGCCGACCCCGCGUGACCGGCCGGUCCUGCGACCGCUGUCAGGAUGGGUUCUUCGGCCUGGAGUCGGGCGCCGGCUGCCGCCCGUGUGACUGCGACCCGGCCGGCUCGCUGCGGGACGCCUGUGACCCGGUCACCGGCCGCUGUCGCUGCAAGCCGGGCGUCGGCGGCGAGCGCUGCACGGCCUGCCUACCCGGACACUUCCGAAUGGGAGAGUCCGGCUGUCAGGAGUGUGGCCCGUGCAGCCAGCCGGGUCACCUGUGUGACCCCAUGUCGGGCCAGUGCGUCUGUCCCCCGAACACGGCCGGCGCCGCCUGCGAGAGCUGCCUGCCCGGCCACUGGGGCUGGAACAACCUCGCCGGUUGCCAGCCGUGCGAGUGUGACAGACAGGGCUCCCGCUCCGGCGACUGCGACCGCAUCACCGGCCGUUGUAGCUGCUUCGACGGCUUCGGAGGCCGCAGGUGUGACCAGUGUCAGCCCGGCUUCUACAACUUCCCGGUGUGCCAGGCCUGCCGGUGUGACCCGGAGGGCUCGGCAAACUGUGACGAGUGGGGCAACUGCCCCUGCGACGAGAGUGGCCAGUGCCAGUGCAAGACGAACGUGCGCGGCGAUAGCUGCGACCGCUGCGUGGACGGCACGUUCGGGAUGAGCGCCGACAACCCGGACGGCUGCACGGCCUGCUUCUGCUUCACCCGCAGCGGCCAGUGCUCACAGGCCGAGUUCUCCUGGGUGCCGCAGGUGAUACGAGGCUCGCGCGCCGUCGUGCUGGACUAUGACGAGGCCGCCGACGGCUAUCGCACGCUGCCGGUAGUGCCGUGGAACACUGAGGAGAUCUGCUACAUCCACCUGACGCUGCCCGACAGCCGGGCGGUGACGCUGUCAGCCGGCCAGACGCGUCUGAACGUGACCAACACGUUGCGGGUCAUCCCGGGCUUCAGCGGCGAUGUGCGGCUCGGCCUCAACUUCCCGUUCGACGCGCCCGUCUACUGGCAGCUGCCUCCGGAGUUCCUCGGUGACAAGGUGCGCUCCUACAACGGCCACCUGCGGUUCCGGUCACGCAGCACGGGAGGUUCACGCCCCUUCCCGGCCAGCAUCCUCUCCAGCUACCCGCUGGUGCAGCUGCAGGGCAACUACCGGCUGGUGCUCGAGCACUUCCCACCCACCACUCAGCCGGACGGCUUCUACCAAGUCAAGCUGCACGAGAGCUUCUGGCGCGUGAAGGGCGACCGACGGGCGCUGGUGACGCGGGAGAUGCUGAUGGUGGCCCUGCAGAACACACAGCACGUGCUGAUCCGUGCCACCGAGCUCAUUGACGCCACCCGGGCCGAGCUGUCGGACGUGAGCUGGGACAUCGCCGAGCCCACGUACGGACACUCGGGCAGCACGGCCGUGGGCAUCGAGAGAUGCGCCUGUCCCAAGGGCUAUAACGGCUCCUCGUGUCAGGACCCGAGUAUCGGCUUCUACCGCACGUUCACGCCAGGCUUCAGCAACAGCGAGAUAAUCAUCGACCUGGUGGGCGAGUCAGUGCCCUGCCAGUGCAAUGACCGCUCGGAAGUGUGCGACUCGGACACGGGCCACUGCCAGAACUGUACGGACAACACGGCCGGAGAGCACUGCGAGGUCUGCGCCGCCGGCUUCUACGGUGACCCCGACACGGACACGUGCCGGCCGUGCCUCUGCCCGAGCAUCCAGCUGUCCAAUGCACAGACGUGCGUCACCAACUAUCGCGGCGGCUUCCGCUGCGAGUGCGACCCCGGCUACACCGGAGAGCGCUGCGACCGGUGCGCCUUCGGGUACUUCGGCUCGGCGCUGGACCGCUCCGCAGACUGCCAGCAGUGCGGCUGCGACCCGGCCGGCAGCGUCAGCGCCACCUGCGACCCCGACUCUGGCGUCUGUCAGUGUCGGCCCGGCGUCGUCGGCAGGGACUGCACACGCUGCGCUGAGCGACACGUGCUCACCGAGCAGGGCUGUCAAGCUUGCCAGGACGGCUGCGUGGAACGGAUGUUCGAGGACGUCGACCAGAUGGCAGCACUGGUGGUCACUGUUAACCUGACCGGCGCCGGUGGCGCUCCCUGGCGGAAGCUGUAUAAUGUCACCAACGUGACAGAGCGGCACCAAGAGGAGCUCGAGCAGUACACAGAGGGACAGCUGACGUUGCGUGCCCUCUUAGAUACGAUGGACCUCACCAAGUUCGCGAACACCAUCCUGAUCAAUGUGGAGGAUCUCGUGCAAGUUCUACCGUCCCAAAUGAACGAGGCCAGAGACAUCCGGAACGAAAUCGACUCCAUCUACCAGUCGGCGCUGGUCACCAAGUUUGAAGCGGAGGAGACGGUGGCACAGCUGCUCAACUACGCGAUCGGCGAGACCUCGUCGGCCGGCGUGGAGAAGCCGCUGGCGGAGGCGGAGGCGCUGCUGGCGAGCAUGCUGCGCCGUGACCUGACCCCAGCGCUGCGGGAGGCCGAGGCCGAGCAGGCCGACAGCCGCCGCCUGCUGGAGCGUGUGCGGGCCAUGCUGCUGGACGGGCCCGUGCUGGCCGAGAGCCGGCAGCGGCUGGAGCGGCUGCGACAGCGGCUGCUGGACGCGGCGCUCCUGGUCACCGACGGCGUCAGCCAGCCGGUAUCCGAGGUGGAGGUGCUGAUCCGGACCCUGAGGGAGAAACAGGACUCACUGGCGUCGAGCCGCCAGCAGAUCCAGCAGGUCGGCGACAUGUGCGAGCAGAGGCUGUCCGGCUCGUCGGACAUCCAGAGGCGCACACGGCGGCUCUACGACGACGGAAAGGGCAGCUUGAUCGACUUGCGAGACAUGCAGUUCCAGCUGAACAUGACGGAGGAGCGGCUACGGCGGCGCACGGACGGCCUCAACCAGCUGACGGACGACUACCGGGUGCGGCACGUUAUCCCGGCCCAGGUGCACGCAGCCAGGCUGACCUCCGAGGCUGACCGGCUGGUCAGCCUGUUCCAGGCCACCCGCCAGGAGGCCGACCUCUCUCUGCAGGCGGCCGAGGCGUACCAGAACAUUGUGGACGCGCUGAACUCGGCUCGCCAGGCGGCAAAAGACGCCAGCCAGGCUGCGCAGAACGCUUACGAACAGGCGUACCCGAGGUACACCGACUCGCUGGUGUCCCUGGGCACUCAGGCCAAGACUAUGUCCGAAGCGCUCUCUGAGCAAGCCGACGACCUGCGGCACCAGGUGGUAGCGCUGUCGGACCAGGUGGCGACGAGUGCGGCCGGUAUGAUCAGAGUGAACGGAACCCUGCGAACGGCCGGCUCUGUCAACGAUGACGUGCGCAACUUCCUGUCCAGGAACAGCCACUCCGAGCUGACGAGCGCGGCGCGGGGCGCCAUCGCCCUGGGCCAGGCGGCUCUGGACACGGCCUCGGCCGCGCUGCGCCGCACAGAGCGUGUCCAGGGCGGCAUCGAGACGCGCCUGCUGCCGGGCCUGCAGCGCCUGCGCGCCGGCGGACGCGACGGACUCGGCAACGUCACCGGCAUCAUCGCUUCUGCUCGGAGGAACAUCGGGAAGGCCAACAUCCGGGCGCAGGCGGCGGAGGAGAGGCUGGACGAGCUAAGAGUGCUGGACGACACCGUCAGUCUUAAACUUGAGAGCCUGCGGAACAAGAUCCUGAAGGCUCGCCAGGCCGCCACCAACAUACGCGUCUCGCUGACGGAUCAGCCGCCGCCGAGCUCGUGCAGCCGCACGUACCGGGCGCCGCAGCUGCAGCCCAGCACGGCCUCCUCGAUCCGGCUCAACUACGCCAUCUCGGACCCGGCCACCCGCGACGCGCUGCUGAUCUACCUGCCCUCCGAAACCCAGAAGGACUACAUGGCCGUGGAGAUGGUGAACAGGAGGAUCCGGUUCACGUGGAAUAACGGCGAUCAGAGCCAGCGGGUGGAACAUCCUCGCAGGCUACAAACCAACAAUGAUCAGCUGAUGAAUGAUCAGCAUUGGUACAUUAUCGAAGCAGAAAGGAUCGGCGGCCUGGGACGGCUCUCCGUGCGGCCGGCCUCGGGCGGCUCCGGCCGCCUCCCGCUCACAGUCGCCAACACCACUGGCGACGGCUUCUCCAUCAUGGACCUGACGCCGGCCGAUCUCGUCUACGUGGGCGGCCUGCCCGAGGACGCCGACAGCGGCAUCCGCACCAAGAAGUUCGCCGGCUGUCUGUACGAGGCGAUGGUGAACGGGAAGCCGCUCGGUCUGUGGAACUUCGCCUCGAGUCAAGGCUGCGGCGCCUGCCGCGCCGGUCCCAGCUCGGACGACGCGACCACCUCGUCUGGCUACAGCUUCAGCGGCGCCGGGUACGCCGAGCUGCCGCCGCUGCGGCCCG